UCAAACACAUCAAACAAAGUAACAAACUCCAAAAACACAAUUGGCUAACAGAAAGAAACAACCAUGAAGGCUACCGUAUCCAUCACUGCCAUCUUUCUCGUGGUCGCUUUGGCCGUACCCUCUCUAGCUCGUCCAGACAAUCAUGUCGAGGACUCUGUAGGCCGUUUACUUCGUCCUGGUCAAACCUAUCACAUCGUACCUGCGACUCCUGAGAGUGGAGGAGGUCUUUUCUCGAACAGUGAAGAGAUCUGUCCUCUCGACAUCCUCCAGUCAAACGAUCCCCUUGACUUGGGCGUACCCAUCAAAUUUAAGUCCGAGUUAUGGUUUGUUAAGGAAAUGAAUAAUGUUGCCAUCGAGUUCGAGGCUCCCAACUGGUUUUUGUGUCCUGAAGAAUCCAAGGGGUGGAGAGUCGUGUACUCUGAACAAUUCAAAAAGAGUCUUAUAAUAAGUACUGGUGUUUCAUCAAACCCAAGUGGUGGCUUCCAAAUCCAUCGAGUUGACGGAGGUUCUUACAAGAUUGUGUAUUGUACGACCAUCUCUCCUGCUAAGUGCAUGAACGUUGGCAUAUUCACCGAUAUCUCUGGUGCACGACGCUUAGCCUUGACCAACGAUGAGGCUCUCCUAGUUAAGUUCCAGAAGGCAGCAACUCCAAAAUUUGAUUUGAAGACUAAGCUGAGGAUGUUCCCUUUCUACUAACUAACAACUUGUACCAAAAAAGUGCCAAAAGGUAUGGCCUCUUGAAUGAUGGUUGAGACAAUACCAACAACUUGUGAUUGGUUUAAUUUGUGUGUGUUUUUCUGGUAUGAUUAGUCUGUCAUGUGUGUUUUGCUUUGUAUAAAUGAAUUACAUAAAACCGGCUUUGUCUCUUUAAUUAUGUAUACUAAAUGUUUUCUUUCUAU